AUGACUGUCGAAAUAAGCAAUGCAGCUUCAUCUUCAAGCAACAAUCGAUCUCAGGAAGAAGUGCUUCCUAGAUACACUGUUAAUGAAAACAACGUACCGGUCCAUGAAAAACCAGGAGGAUAUGAUUUUUAUAAAUCGAUUGGAAGUCCAAAAUAUGUCGUUGCUCCCAUGGUUGAUCAGAGUGAAUUGGCAUGGAGGUUACUUUCCAAAUCACCUUUACCACCUUCUUUAGCAGGACCAAGCGAGACGGUCACAACAACCACCGGAAAGAAGAUCAUUCGACAUCAAGGUGGUGCCCAUAUAUGCUAUACACCUAUGAUACAUGCUAAAGUAUUCUCGGAAACGAAAGUCGAAGGAGGAAGAAGAGGUGAUGCGCAAUUCAACUUGACAUUCGACGAAGAAGGUGGAGAUGGGUUAGUAGCUGGUAUAGAAGGUGGUGAUAGACCUUUAAUUGCUCAAUUCUGCGCAAAUGAUCCGGAAAUCUUACUUGCCGCAGCUAAGAAAAUAGAACAUAGAGUAGAUGCGGUAGAUAUCAAUUUCGGCUGUCCACAAGGUAUAGCGAAAAGAGGUCGUUAUGGUUCUUUCCUUCAAGAUGAAUGGGAUUUGGUGUAUAGGCUGAUCAAUAUAUUGCAUAUCAAUCUUCGAGUACCGGUUACGGCCAAAUUCCGAAUUUUCCCUUCUUUAUCCAAGACUAUAGCAUAUGCUAAAAUGAUGGAGUCUGCCGGAGCUCAAAUAUUGACUUGUCACGGUAGGACAAGAGAGAUGAAAGGUCAAGUUACAGGAUUAGCAGAUUGGGAAAUGAUUAAAAAAGUUAAAGAAAAUGUUUCAGUUCCGGUUUUCGCAAAUGGUAACAUAUUGUAUUAUGAGGAUGUUCAGAAGUGUUUGGAUAAAACGGGUUGUGAUGGUGUUAUGACUGCUGAGGGAAACUUGUCCAAUCCAGCUAUUUUCUUACCUCCUUCACAUCCGCAUUCUCAUCCACCAAUCACCGUAUUAGCCAAUCGCUAUUUGGACAUAGUUGAAUCACUCAAAUCGACAACUGCAGGAUCAGCUAUCAAAGCUCAUAUGUUCAGAUUACUGAAACCUGUUUUAGAUACAGAUGAGGAGUUGAGAAUCCGGAUAGCUCAAUGUCCAUAUAACAAUGGAAUGGGAGGAUUUAGAGAAUUGAUCAAUGAGAUCGAGAAGAGAUGUGAGCCAUCGAAACAGGAAGCUGGUCCUUCGUUCCGGCCAUCACCUAUAGAUCCAUCAACGGGAUAUAGAUCACUUCCGUUAUUCUGCGCGCAACCCCAAAUCCGCGCCAAACCAGUCUCCACCGAGAUAGGUGGUAAAGAAGAAUUUGUCACAAGACCUUCAUCACCAUCUUCAUCUUCCAUCAACCCUGCUAAUCCAUUAGCACCCGCGUCUUCUGUUCCUGGAACUGUAUUAUUUUCGAGAUCAGCAAGACAUGGGCAUAACGUAGAUCAAUGUGUUCAUGAAGGUUGUCCUUCAGUAGCUGCUACCCGAUGUCCAACCAGAGCUUGUAUUACUCAUUGUCGGACUUUAAGAGCUGUAGAAAGUGGUAUCACUGAAGAAGAAGCACUGAAAGAUGCUCAGAGUGGUGGGUUAGUGGGAAUGGGAUGCGAAGCUCAUGAAGAGAAAGAGAGAUUGAGAAAAGAGAGAUUAGGUAGAAAGAGGAAAAACAAAGAAGAAGCUAGAAAACAAGCUAAAGAGAGGAAGAAAGAUGACAAACGAAAAAGGAGGCAGAGUGCAAGUGACUCUGAAGGAGAAGAAGGAGGCCAAGCUAACGGCAAUGAAGAUACAAUGAAGGUGGAUAACGUCAAGAUUGCUGCCUAG